CACAGGCCUCUGAUCAGCUGACCUGUUCUUGUUCUCUCAGCUGUCCUAGUAAACCUUCCCUCUGGUGGGUUGAACACCUCUGUUCCCACAGGGCUCUAACAUUUUUCUAUGCAACACACAGUAUAAAUGCAUCUAAAACAAUCUCUCAGGCUGCGUUCAGAAGAAAUGUUAAUGAGAAUAAUAACAAAAAGUCAAGGGAUUAUCACAGAAAGAAUAAGACUAUUACACAUCACUUCAUCAGCUAACCGAGGAGAUGAAGUCAUUGUUAGGAAGUGAUUACAUCAUAACCUCAGGAAGUAGAUGCUAUAUUCAUUUUUAAGACGCAGCGCAUCAGACAGUUUGACAUUUGAGAGUGUGAGACCAGGAGAGAAUCACGAUGGAUCAGAUCAGAUGGAUCAUGUCUUCAUUGCUGAUGCUGCUGGUUCAGUUCAGAGCAGCAGCUGGGACCUAUUCCUCCUCCACUGUCAGAGUUGGAGAUGAAGUCACUUUGUCUUGUUUGAAUGUGACAGAUGAUCAGGAUCAGUGUGACAGUACUGAAUGGACCUUCACUGGUUCAGGAAACAGACUAACGUUGUUUGAAACCAGGCACAUUCAGGAAGAAGCCAAAACUAAAUCAGACAGACUGAGGGUUACAGAGAACUGUUCUCUGGUUAUAAAGAAGGUCACAGAUGAGGAUGUUGGUCGUUACAUCUGCAGACAGUUCAGAUCAGGAGAUCUAGUUGGUGAAGAAGCAGUGGUUUAUCUGUCUGUUGUUACCAUGACUGAACAAAAGAACGAUGAUACGAUCACCUUGUUCUGCUCCGUGCUGACAUAUGGUGGGUGUGUACACACAGUGAAAUGGCUGUAUAAGGCUGAUAAGACUGGCAUGAAGACAACACAGCUGGACUGUUCAGGCACUGUGACAUUUACAACAUCUCAUCUUCAUCAGAAGUCAGGGUAUUACGAGUUAUUGAAAUGUGAAGUAACACAUGAUCAAGAUGUGCAGCUCUUCAGCUUCAUCCGUCCUCAGUCAUCCGGUGAGAAACCAGGCAGGUGGAGGGUCAUCGUCGUGUCUCUGGGUUUGGCAACACUCAUAACAAGUGUUGUGGUGGUCAACAUAUGGACAAGAGCUAAAGGAGCUGUGUCAUGAAGAUGAAGGUACAGUGACCUAUGAAAACGCUGCAGAGCCUUCUACUUCUGUCUGAAUCCACUGAUCAACAUCAUCAACCCACCACAGAGUCCUCUGCUGUUAAACAUCAUCUCAUCACGUUUUACACAAGUAGAUAACAAAAUGAUAUGUUGAUGGAUGAGUGAUGAUGUGUUUUCUGA